UUGAACAUAUGCUCAAGAUUAUUUGUUUUUGUGAAGUUUGUAUUGUUGUAUAACGCUAGUUGGUAAUUUUUUAGCUACAUUGCUUGUACUGCCUUUCGUUUCGAUUGUGUUUUGCAAUAACACAUGGCAACUAAAAAAAAAACUUUAAGUAUUGGUUUAAAAAUGGCCGAAAUGUUCCUCAGCGUCAUGUUAUUUGGAUUACACGCGGUGGCCACCAUUUGGUGGGGUAGCGUUACCAUGGGGAACUGGAAAGUCGUAUCCAUGAUAUCGGCGACAGCUAUCUGCAGCCCGGUAAUACCUUUGAUGUUCAGAGUCGAACCGUACCUGUACACUAAACGUGAGGUGUCGAAACCUAUCAAUAUCUUCAUUAUUAUUUACUGCAUGGCGUCGUACAUGGCCGGUUCCGUUGUGAUUCUUAUCGACGCUAUUGGAUCACGUUCUGAGAACCAUUCUAAAGACGUCGCCGUUGGUACAAGCGUCGUUUGUUUCAUUCUUGUUUCAGUGUUCGUUUUAGAUUUAAUUCAUACAAUCUUAAGAAGGCGUUAAAAAUUUCGUCAUCAAUGAAAUACACAUACUGGUAAUGUUUGCAUCGAAAAGUUUUUAUUUAUGUUCAAUUUUAACGUUUAAAUGUAUAUUUACCAAAAAUUGGCCCAUUUUCUUCAAAAUGAUCA